AUGAAAGUUCUUCGUCGCUUGGUGCAGCCCCGUAUGGAUGGGACCUAUCUAGUACCCAAUGAGAUUGUGGAGAAAUUCAAAGACAUUGCUGGUGGUGGUCGGGCUGAAGUGCUACAGCUGUUCCGAAAACACAACGGUGACAAGGAUGCUUUCAUCAAAUCCUGCCGCAGGAAGGUGGAGCGGAUUAGUGAGGAUGACCUGUAUACUGAGGGUGAGUUCAUGUCGGAACAGGACAUGAUUGAUGAUAAUUACAAGGAGACCCGCAUCGCUGCUAUCAAAGCUCUAUGUGACCAACAGAAGGGCUGGGUGCGGCGAGACAAGUAUGAGAAGCAGGUGAAGCUUUACUGGGUUGAGCUCAAGAUCGGUGGCCGGAAGUUGAAGCGAAAGCGGGAGGUGCUGGAAGAUGAUGAGGAUCUUUCUGAGGAUGAAAUGAACAAAGCCAAGUCGGCCUUUGAUGGGGACCUCUUACCCAGUGACUGGCAGCUCCCAGAGGACACAACAGAUCCCACCAUUGUCAUUGAAGCCGACGGGGGGGUUGACACCAAGAAGGCCCUGAAAAGUUUGAGUUUCCCCUUGAUGGAUGAUGAUGGGCUCCCUUCAUCCUACAUUCAGCGCAUCCUUGGGGCCAUCGCAAAGUGGCGAGUCAAGAUGCACAACAUAAUCUCUUGCUUAGAAGUUUUGGAGGAAGCACCGGAGACUGUGGAAGCGCACCAGGAUGAGCUUGGGAAUCACUUCAAAGAAGCCAGGAAAGAGCGUCUUGUCCGCCUGCGGGUGGGCCAGGGUGGGUGCGCUGAAGCUUUGCUCCUGCAGUAUCAUUGGCUGAACACUCGGAUGCCUUGCGGGAAGAGACGGCUGAUGCAGCAGAGCCUCCUCCAGUCAAUCUUGGAGGCCAUGUCCAAAGACCUCAGAAUUGCUUGCUGCGACGGCAUUGCAGUUGGAAACACGAGGUAUCAUGUGGCUGUCUUGGGAAUGGCUGGAGACAUGGAGUACCAUGCAAAAACUGGAGUUCUGAACAGGUCCUACCAGAAUGUGGGGCACCGCAAUUUCAUCCCAUGCUGCCACGAAUGCAUGGCAGGAAGCAUCACCUAUCCCUUUGAGGAUGUUAGCUCAGACCCUGGUUGGAAGAACAGUUUGUACCAAACAGUGCCCUGGGUGCAACCACCGCCCUUCAAGCACAUACCAUUUGACGAUUGGAACGCUGGAGAUUCUGCCCGGUUCUUCAAAAGGGAUCCGUUUCACAUUUUUCGUUUGGGAAUAGCGCGAAAUUUUAUUGGUUCUGUCAUUGUGCUGUUCUGCUUGGAAGGGGUGUUCGAUCUUGAUGGUGCUGGAAAGUCAAUCGACCUUCGCUUGUCCAGAGCUUGGAGUUCCUUCUCGCUUUGGUGUGAUAAGCACAAUGUAUCGCCUGCUGGGCUACGAUCCUUCUCGAAAGAGAAACUUCACAUGCCAAAAAUGGGAACUUUUCCUUGGUGUGGAGGGAAAGGAAGUGAUUCGAUCCUUUUACUGAAAUGGUUGAAAUUCUUGAGUGGGCUACAUGGUCCUGCAAACCCAUCAUCACCUCUCUUUCCCUUGGUGUUGAGAGCUUGCUGCAAUGGGUUAUCCUUCCAGGCCAUUCAUAGACAUGGUAUUUGGUUGAAGUCAAGCUGCAGAGAUCGCAUCAUGCGAUGUGGGAAAGGUUUCGUUCAGGAUUACGCAAGGUUAGCCAAGUGGGCCUACGACAACCGACUUCAGCUUUUUGCAAUGGUUCCAAAGAUCCAUGCCAUGGAUCACUUUGCUGUUCAUUUGGCGCUUUUGUGCUUUGAAGAAUAUGCAUGCAACCCAGCAAUGUUUGAUUGUUCCAUGAGCGAGGAUUUUAUCGGCCAUUUGAGUCGACAAUCCAGACGAAUCUCCCAUACCAAUGUGGUCGAAAACACCAUAUUAGCAUAUAAGGUGAAGGCAAGAUUCGUGUUGAAGCGAUUCAAGAAACGAAAGAACAAAUAA